CCACACCCCGGCGGGGUUCACAGUCCUACACUCAGUAGGGAACCCCUGGGGAAGUUCAACGCUUUACACUCAGUAGGGGUCCCCAGGUGGGGUUCAGGGCCCACAGUCAGUAGGGGUGUGGUUUCCAUCCGCUCUGGACACUCAGGCAGUUAAUAGACAAUCGGUGUUUCAUUUCGUAAAAUUUAGGAAAGCCUCAUUCCAAGAAAGAAUUUUAUUCCUGUCUUCUUCUUCCUUAGGACAAGCACCUUCAGCUUGUGCGCCCAGCCAGAUGGUUUGCCUUCGGGCUUGGGGCCUUCAGAGCUUUCCACUAGACCUCUGUGUGUAUUGGCCCAGCCAGCCUCUUUAGCCAAGCAGAAAGCUGAUAACACAGCUUUGAUUAAAGAUGACGUCCUUGUUUGUUCAAGAAAUUCGCCUUUCUAAAAGACAUGAAGAAAUAGUAUCACAAAGAUUAAUGUUACUUCAACAAAUGGAGAAUAAAUGUGGAGAUCAAAACACAGAAAAGGCAUCUCAGCUGAAAGCAGCUGAGACUGCUUUUAAAAGGAACCUUAGUCUUUUAAAGGAUAUAGAAGCAGCAGAAAAGUCUCUAGAGACCAGGAUUCACCCAAUUCCACGGCCUGAGGUGGUUUCUCUUGAGACUCGUUACUGGGCAUCAGUAGAAGAACAUAUUCCCAAAUGGGAACAGUUUCUUUUAGGAAGAGCACCAUAUCCCAUUGAUGUGGAAAAUCAAAAUGAAGCAGAAAAAAGCAUUCAAAAUGAGGCACAGCAAUAACUUCUUCACAUGCUACUUCAAAAAACUUGUUUAAUAAAGCUGAAUAUUAAAGACUAUGUAGGUGAUUGCAAGGACUUUAGGAAUUGGAUAUGUUCAUAUUAUUCCAUCAUCUCCUAAAUGACAGGAAUACAUGAGCACGUACUGGGAAGUCUCAGUCUAUCACCUAUGACUCUCAAGGUCAUGAGUGUGUUUUGUACCAAACCCAUGGACAUGUUCAAAACUAAUAUUAAAAGGUGGCCAGUUUAUUAAAUAAAUUAUUUUAAGUCAGUGUGUGUUUUAAAAAAAAAAUUACAAUCAUUCUCUUCUAAAGAGUUAUAUAAGUUCUGAUCUUAAAGUUUUCUAGAAUCUCCACUUUUCAGUUAUUUUAUUAAAGGGACAAGGUAUAGAAUCAAAGUUGUUCUUUGCUUACUAUUAUGGUUUCUUUUAACACAUGAAAAGAUAGUGACACUUAACUGCUUUAAAAUAAUAUUACUUCCCAGAAAAUAAACUCAUAAAAUGUUGUGCUUCACAGAUAAUCAAACCUUCUAAAAGUCCUGGAGGCAGAAAGAACUGGACUAUAAGACUAUGGUUUUGAAAAAGGAGAACUAUUGGAGCUGGGAGUGGUUACCGGAUUUUGACUUGGUUGGUUAAGGAUUGCCAACGCCAUGAAUGCAAAUCACCCCCCUCUCUUGUCUUUUCAUCUUUAAACUUGCCCUUCCUGCUCCCUUCUAUUUUCAUUAUUUCUGAAAAAAACCUGUCAGUCAGAAAGCUUUGGGUCACAACCCUACACAGCUUUGAGAUUCUUGGAACACUAGAAAAAAAUUUUAUAAUUUUCUAACUACACAGGCAGUAUCCACUAGUAAAAGGUAUCUAUCUAUGCUAUAUUGUCAUUAAAUGUUUUAAAUCUCAA